AUGUACGGCAUGCAAGAUCAGGAACUCGUAAGCUCUGCCAAAACCACUUCUUGGUGUCAUGACCAUAGAGAGCUCCACGUAUUGGAUACGCUCAUUCCUGACGCUAUACAGGAGAGGAAGAAUUGCCAUGAUGUAUGGCUUCAUGCGACCUCGUAUGAUACCUAUAUGGCCGUCGUAUCUUGCGUCAGACAGGCACUUGGAGCCACACGUUUAUGGCCAGGGAAAUUGCGUCUCUAUAGAAAAGCCCAUGGAUGGGUCCGUGAUGGCUAUCUCGCCAACAGCAAGUGGCACGAUGGAGAUUUCAUGUUUCAUUUAUGGAAAGGUAAUAAUUUAACGGAUGAUAAUUGGAGAUCACCGUUCACUGAAAUGCCAGACCUGAAGUCGUGUGGCAACGGAAGGAACGGCUGGCAUUGGGAUGAGACGAAACAUGUGAAUGUUGAGGAAAUCAAAACUGAUUUGGCAAACUUUGAGAAAUAUUUGGGUGAAACGUAUCCUUCAUAUGGAAAGCAAGUGUUCUUUCUCGAAAUGCCGGUCAUCGGACAAUGCUAUCCCGAUUGUGAACGAUUAACAUAG